AUGAACGUGGAUGCGGAGUUCCGUGCGGUGGCCGUGGUCGGCGUGGGACAGGAGGGGGCCGGCUUCAACGACCUGGAGAUGAUCGACGAGGGAAUGGAGAACGCUCGCGUCGCUGUCGGCGUGGGGGCUCGUUCCCUUCAACUGCAGGGCUGCACAGAUGUAUUCGUGGAGUCGAUGGAGUAUGCGGAGCAGGCGGCCGAGGGGAGCGCCUUGGCCGUCGGGACCGCACACUCAUUCCCAAACUGGAGCUUCAACGGGGUAUCCGUGGAGGUACGCAGCAUAGACUGGAUCGAGUCCAAGAGCUUGAACAGCUUCUUGAUGGUGGCCAAGGGCAGCUGCGAGCCGCCGAUCAUCUUGGAAAUCGCCUACUGCGGCACCGCACCCGAGGACAAGCCCAUCCUCCUGCUGGGCAAGGGCAUCACAUUUAACAGCGGGGGCCUCUGCCUCCGUCCCAAGGACUGCUUGUCCAUGUACCGCGGCUGCAUGUCCGGUGCAGCCGCCUGCGUGGGCGUCAUCCGAGCCGCCGCCGCCCUAUCGCUGCCCCUGCACUGCUGCACUGCUGCCGCUACGAUCUACAAGCCGCGCAUGGUCGUGGACAUUGCUACAGUGGGCUACGACGUCUGCCCAGCGCUGGGCGGAGCAGCAGCCGGGAUUUUCAGCAAUUCGAACUUCGUCUACAAGCAGUUCGAGAAGGCCGGUGCCCUUACGUUUGGUGUCUGCCCCUGUGGCGCUACUUCAAGGAGCUGA